AUGCCUUACAAUACCACGGCCAUUCCGCCCGCCGAGGAGAUCACAGGUCAUCCGGCUCUGCCAGUCUCGCGCGUCAAGAAGAUUAUCCGCCUCGACGACGAUGUCGCGGGAUGCUCCAACAGUGCCGCGUUCCUGGCCACUAUUGCUGCUGAGAUGUUCGUGCAGUACCUAGCCGAGCAGGGGUUCAAGAUGACGCUUGGAGACCGCAAGCAGAGGAAGACGAUGCAGUAUAAAGAUCUUGCUAGCGCAGUAGCCCGUACCAACAACCUCGAAUUCCUCUCCGAUACCAUCCCGCAGACGGUGCCGUACAAGCAGGUGCGGGAGAAGAAGGCGGCAAAGACCGCGGAGAAGGAGAAGGGACAGACCGUGCUACCCGUUGGCGGCGCCGCCAAUGGCAGGAGGAAGACGACCACGGCGGCGUCGAAGAAGGUGACGCCGGAGAUUGAGGCUAUUGUGGAUAGGGAGGUGGAGAUGGAGGAGGCGGGGAGUAGUGGUGGUGGGGCUGGCGGUGGUAGUGGGGGUGGUGGUGGGUUGGGUAGGUUUGCGUUUUCGGGGUGA